UGCAUGUUCGUAAAGUGAUAAAUUUCAGUUUUGGCUGAAAUAAAGUAUGUUCGCUUGGUAGCGUCUAGUUACUCAUCUAUGUCACGAUGACUUUUUUAAAUGUACGCGGGAAUCCACAUCUUGCGCGUGCUGUUUGGCCGUGGUUUAUUAGCUAGUUGGUUUGCUAACCAACCAGUCACAUAAGCGGCAAAUCAGCUAGCGAUACAAACAUGCCCGGUCGUUUUCAAGAGGAUUGCAAUUAUAUUGGAUUGCGCGGGCUACAAACACUUCAUUUCACAUAGGGAUCUUAAUUUUAUUCAUACGUAUACCCCAGAUUGUUUUCUGUUGUUUACAGCGCUGGUUUUGCGAUUGAUGUGCUAGCUCGUGUCAAGUUUUCACAUAGUGAAUUUCAUCAACACGCGCCGCUAACGUUAGCUUGGGAAUGUUGGACGAAUGUAUAUGAGAAGCCUGCAACGCUUUUUAACAGGCUUAUUUAGCUGAUCUUGCUGUUGCCCACUAAUAGGUAAUUUUUAAAUGUGAACAAUAAAUAAACUGUCGCCAGUAACGUCAGUUUGCGAACUUAAUCUAUGGCACGUUCCAGAUAGCGUCAGCAAGCUAAUACUGCUUAACCACAAGUUUAUCGUUUAGCUAACUACCUGAAAAUUGGAGGAUACACGUGACACAGCGAGUUUGUUUACUGAUUUGGCUAUCUAGUUAUCUAUCCAUUUAGUAGUUUCCAUUUAAAGAGUUCCCCGGUGUUCAAUAGGCUACGUGAUUGUCUGGAUUUGUGAAUGUGUGCUGACUGUAAAACCGUAGUAAGUAGCAGCGGGCAUACAGUGUCAUAAGCAAUAUGUUGUGUCGAUAACAUUUAGACUAAUCUAUAUUUCAGCUGAAAAAUGUAGAUAGAAAUGUAGUACGGAUUUCCAACGAAACACGGCGGAGUAUUAUAAAAGAAAGUUAUUCGCUAUAUUACCUGUCAGAUGUACUUGUAAUUUGGAUCUCGUUUGCCCCGGGAAAGGGAUGUUCGGUCCAUUAUUAUUCGAGACGCUUACUUUAACUCUUGCGCAGUCUGUCGAGACCACUUUCAACACUUUGCUACACCACGUUCCCUGAUAUUUAUACUUCUGCUGCUCCAUUCAUGCACGUAACUGCAGUGCUACCUCAAUUUUGCGCAAAGCAGCGCUCCCUUUAAUUAGCUGACCACACUUUGUUUAAGAUGCUUGUAUUCUGAGAUUGCCUACUUGUCAGCUGGUCUGCCUGUCCAUGACCCAGCUGCCAAUACAGCUGCAAACCUGGCUCUUGCUCGUCUCGUGUUGUGGUCCGCGAGGGCGGAGCGUCAGUUUGCGUGUUUGCGUGUACUUUGAAUGGAAGUGUGCUGUGCUGCGGAAGUCCCGCGCUCUUGGAGGCUGUGCGAUUUCGUAUUGAGUAACAAGUGGUAACUGAAGUACAUACAAUAUAAACUCAAGAUUUCUGGAAAGAGCUUUUUCUUACCCAGCAUAUGAUGCUAAUAUAUGUAAUGUUUUGAAUUAAACUGCGCCAUUUGCAGUUAAAUCCUUUCUAUUUUGCAGCAAUGCUGCUUCUGUUAGUAUUACUGAUGGUAGAGAACUGUUUCGACAUUUUAUUGGUACUGAUUGAUUAACUUUAUCUCAUCAUGCUGGACAUUGCAUUUUUAUUCUUUGAAGAUCCAAGGAACGGCCGCAAUUCUGCCCGAGCUUUUGAACGGUCUUCGGAAACGACUGGAAUUGCACCUGGAUUACAGUUUGAUGUAGAGCCCCCACUCCCAGCGACACGCUCAGGCGCAUUCCUUUGGCUGAAAUAGCACCAUCUCGUAUCCUAUCUGGAACUGUGGAUAGGGUAUCUGUGUAGGGGGGGAAGUGUUAGAGCAGGACACCCCGGCCCAAGGCAGCAUAGGUGGGGGGAAGGGUUACAGCGCAACACCUCGGCACAAGGCAGCAUAGGUGGUGGGAAGGGCCGUAGAGCCCAGCCGCUUUAUGAUCGUGUGCAGAUCUGCGAGGGUUGAGGCUGCCCUGGCCACAGAUCUCCAGAAUGAAGGAGGGGCUGCUGAAUCACGUGGUCCUGGACAGGGGGGCAGGGCAGGAGGACGUGGCCGGGGACACCGCCGCACAGCCAAACCAAAUGGCAAGGGGACUGGCGCUAAUGAGAGAACCGACUGAGGAGCCAAUGGGAGAACGGACUGAGGUGCUAACGAGAGAACCGAAAGUGGCGCUAUCGAGAGAACCGUCAGAGUCCCUAACGAAAGAACGGACUGAGGAGCUAAUGGGAGAACGGACUGAGGAGCUAAUGGGAGAACGGACUGAGGCGCUAAUGGGAGAACGGACUGAGGAGCUAAUGGGAGAACGGACUGAGGCGCUAACAAAAAAACGGACAGAGUCGCUAAGGAGCGAGGACACGAACGAUAGCUUGGACAAUGGUUUGGAGGGGACGUCGGAAGGGUCCGUCCUGCUCGAGAGCAAGGCGCCCUCGAUUACCACAGACUCUGAGGAACUCCACCCUGCUGCACCCAACUGCACGGUGGAACCUCCAAAGGGCGCAGACGCGGAUGGAGCCCAAGAGCCCCCGGUGGACUGGCUGGAGCCGCUGGAGGAAGAUGAUGAUGACGACGAGGAAGAGGACGACAGGCAUAGCUGGGAGCUGGAUCUACUCUCGGGGGAGAGGAGGGUGAACGGAAAAGGGGAGGCGGAGGAGGAGAGCCUGGCAGGAGAGAGCGAGAUGAGCGGAAGUGUGGCGGGGAGCGACAGAAACUCCGCCACCAAGGGCAGCAAGAGCGGUCUGGUUGUCCGGCGUCGCCGGCGGAGACGGCAGUCCAUUGUGGAUGAGGAAUGGGAGGACUGGCCCGUGCUGGGGGAGGGAUGGAAACGAAAAGAAGUUUUCCGUCGCUCUGGCUUCACCGUGGGCAAGACGGAUACGUACUACAUGAGUCCGCUGGGAGACCGCUUCAGGAGUAAGAUCGAGCUGGCCAAACACCUGGCAGGCACCAUCGACAUCUCUACCUUCGACUUCAAAUCCGGGAUGUUCCUGGAUCUGGGGACCCUCAGGAAGAUGAGGAAGCUGAAAAAGUUUCGUAGGAUGUCCCGCUCUGCGCGGAAGGGGCCGUCAUCCCCCGAUUUCACCAGCACCCCCUACAGGCCACAAAAUGCACAGCACAGAAGAACUCCGCCUCCCCAGCCCCUGACGGGACGGCCCGGCAGCAUCACCACUCCCCCACGGCCCGCCCCUCCCAACCUCACCACACCCCCGCGUCCCGUCACCACGCCCCCACGCCCCGCCCCUCCCCACCUCGUCACGCCCCCGCGCCCCGCCCCUCUCCACCUCAGCACGCUUCCAGGCCCCACCCCUCCGUUUGCCCCCAGCGGCCUCAGCAGUACCCCUCACUCCCCCCUCCACCAUUCCCAGAGGCUCCGCCCAAUACUCAAACAGGAGGCGGGACCCCCCGACUGCACACAGCCCGAGCUGCCUGCUCCUGGCUGCUCGAGCUGUGGUGGCCCCGUUGCAAGCAGGGAGCUUUGGAGAAAACGCCCGUCGUCCUUGUGUCUGAAGUGCAAGGCAGAGAAGAGAAAAGAUGACUCUCCAAACAUUGUGUUCCGGAAGUGGUUGCCCUGCGGGCAGUGCCGGGCUUGCCUGGUCACAAAGGAUUGUGGGAUGUGUGCUAGCUGCAGGAAUGGACAGUUAAAACGUGACUCCUACAAACCUGUGCGCUGCCGGAAACGCAAGUGUCUGUGCCCCAUCCGCAAGAAAACUGCAAAGGAAAGAUUAGCUGAGAAGGAGAGGGAGAAACCUGUGAAACUGGAAGAGCCGUACAUAGCUCCAGAAGUGAGCAAAGUGAAGCCUUGUUCCGUGAACAAGGAGAGCGAUUCAGAAUUCAUCGUCUGUAUUGACGGUGAGGACGAGGACGCGCAUGAGGAAGAGGAUGAAGAUGAGCCUGUGCUCCUGAGCCGCCUCGGCAGGGCGUGCGGGGGCUGCGCCGGAUGCCUGCGCUCCGCCGACUGCGGCUACUGCGACCGCUGCGGCGACCGGCCCGGCCCGACCACGCGCCGCAGAGCCAGGCCGCCGUGUCGGCUGCGCCGGUGCCAGAGGCCCGCCAGGUUGGUCCAGCGCGUAGCCCACGAAGGUUGGAUGGGUCUAGGCCGCCCGCGACCCCACUACUCCAGCAGCCACUGGGGGAACCAGCACAAACGCAAAGCAUUCUGGGAAGCCUUGGAGUUCAGCGAAGAGGAGGAUGACGCCGAAGACCUCGCCGGUGCAGGAAGACCAGGGGACUACAAGCUGCAGCAGGAUGUGGAUAGAGACGCCAGUGUUUGGACGUCCCAGAACUGUUUCAAGGCUGACAGCCGAAGGGUAGACAUUGAGAAUGCAAACAGAUCCUCAGGAGGAGUUCCUGACACCGGCCACUCGACCAGCAGCGUCUGUACCCUGGCGGAGGGGGCGGAGGCCGACGGGGAGGCGCUGGUAGACGAGGGGGCGGGCGUGCCCUGGGAGCCGGAGCUGCAGGGCCUCCUGGAUGCCCUGCGCAAGAUGGCGCUGCCGCCCCACUGGGUGGGGCUGCUGGGGGAGGGGCCGAGCCUGCAGGUGCUGCAGUGCUCCAGGCGCUCCACCAUGGCCGACACGUCGCUGCUCAUCGACUCGGGCUUCUUCUACCAGAUCAGCGUGCAGGGCCAGCCGCUGCUGCUCACGCACCCGCUGUACCGCGAGCACCCCCGCCGCCUGCCCACCGUCGCCCACGUGGUGGCGCUGCUGCUGGACCUGGAGCGCUACGCCGUGUGCCAGGGCUACCCGGCCCCGGGCCCCGGCCCCGGCCCCUCCCCCGGUCUCGCCCCCAAAGGCCUUUCACCUGAACACUGCUGUGAGGUUUCUGUGCAAAGCGAGGGGAGGGUGCUUGGGGUGGUGUUUUGCAUCGAACCUCGAGAGGAACUGAAAAACCCCGUGGCGGACGCCUCAGGGACUCUCCUGCCUUCCCCCAAGCUGAUCCCAGAUAGAUUGCUGGGGGACAGACCUCCAAUCCCGGGUUGGCGGGGAUACUCUCCAGGGAAAUUUCUCCAGGAACUACAGCGCGACACCAGCCGCGGCAGGGAGAAGCAGAGCUGGACUGACUGGUUCCAGGGAGCGCGGUUCUUCCGAUGA